AUGUCAACAUCAUCAGAAAGAGUGGAAUGGGUGGAAAUCAUCGAACCCCGCACAAAGGAACACAUGUAUGCGAAUCUUACAACAGGCGAAUGUGUGUGGGAUCCUCCAGAGGGCGUUACAAUUAAACGGACAGACGCUUCGCAGUGGUGGGAGCUGUUCGACGCGAAUACCUGCCGCUUCUACUACUAUAAUGUUGCCUCACAGAAAACCGUGUGGCAUCGGCCACAAAACUGUGAUAUCAUCCCUUUGGCCAAGCUGCAAACCCUGAAGCAAAACACCGACCCGAGCGAUCGUAAGGAUGCCACUCUUCCGCAUCACCAUCACCAUCACUACCAUCAUACUGCUGGCAGUGGCGGCAGUGGUAGUGGUGGUGGAGGAAGCGGAAGUAGCGGAGGUAUCGCUUCACUCGCGGCUUCAUCGAAGCUGAGCGGAAGUGGCACGAUGGGAAAGUCAUGCGGCCAUCGGACGACGACGGGCGUCACGGAUUAUCGUGAUCGGGAUCAUCACCAUCGCAGCUCCAGUUCCGGCCAUCGACGUACAGGCGGUGGUGGUGGUGCGUUAGACCAGCGCAGCAACAGCGAACUCUUGGCUAGUCCGCAAGGAAGACAUAGCCUUCAGCAUAGGUUUCCACCGAAAAUCCUAACCUCGCCCCUGGCUGACGCGGCUGGUAGUCACUCUUCGAUCGGUCGACUGGAUUCGCACAAAUUUUGCAGACACAGACACCAGCCGACGAGCAGUAGCGGUGCAACUGGAGGCGCUAUAUCGGUGCCCUCUUCUGGCUCGAUACGCGGCAGUCAGCGUUAUCCGGCCAGCUAUCAACACGGGCAGCUUCAUCCGUCACAGCAGCAUCAUCAUCAACGCCAUCAGCAUCAUCACCAUCCGGACGGCGGAUCGUUUAAAUCCACCGAGGGCAGUCUGUCGGGUAGCUACCGGCGGCUGCACGGCGGUGGCAGUGGCAUGGCAGGCAGUGUUCCGGACACCGGUGGCAGCUUGUUGCGGUAUGGUAGUGGCUCCAAUGGCUACGCGACAAAUGGCCACAGUAGCAGCAGCAGCGUUGGCGGCAACAGUGGCACGGGUAGUAGAAAACACAAUCCUGACAGUAGUAGUACCGGCUACCGGAUGCUGCAGGAAAGUUCCAGCUCCCACAACAUUCCGCACUCGGUUGUAGUUCCUUCACCGUCCGCGUCGACGGCGGCUGUGUCCGCGAUGAGCAGUAGCGAAAAGUUGGCCCUCGGAGCGUUGCAUCAUUCGCCGGCACUUCCGCCACCACAUCAGAUGCUGUCGUACUCGGUCUCGAAUUCGUCGGAUCUUGCCGCCGGAAGUCUCUCGUCUCCAUCGCACUCAAUGAGCACGCCACAGUUCAAGAAGAAGCUGAUGCAUGACGGCGGAAUUGGUGGUUCUGCCUCGAAAUCUUCCUCCAAAGAUGGCAACCUCGUUGGCGGCAUGGUGUCUAAGCACGAAAGUUUCGAUUACGGCGGCAAUCCUAGCGCGUCGUCGAUCUCUCUCACCCGGUCGGGCAGUUUCUUAUCGUCGGCGGGAAUCACUAGCGGUGUUGGAGGAGCACUCGGAACACCCACCUCCUCCAGGCCGUACGGUCCAUCGGGGAGCGGCGGCAGCCAUCAUUCUUCCGUUGGUUCCUAUCGGAAAGGUAGCUUCGAUGGAAACGGUGGCAGCGGUAACGUAGGAAGUGGCAUCGGUAGCGGCGGCGGCGGUGGUGGUGGCGGUGGAGGAGGAAGUGAUGAUUCGAUGCAUGAGAAAUAUUUCAAAUCGGUCGAAAAUACGCCGAUUUCGCGAAGGCGCAACACCACGUCGUCCAAAUCGCCCUUGCAGCAACAAAAGCAAUCGAGCGAUUCUAGUCCCCAGAGUCCAAUUAGUCCCCAGCAGCAGCAGCAGCAGCAGCAGCAAAGCAAAGUGCAGCGACCGUCUGCAUUAUCGGUGGAGCUGUCUCCCGGCGGUAGUUACCAGAACAACGGCAGCAGCAGUAAAUCUAGUCACAAAAACAGCAAUACCAAUAGCAGCAACGUUGCAGUAGAUUACGCGAACGAGCAGUACAAUUUGGAUGGGCUUGCUGGUGGUAAAUCGGACAAAUAUCUCGAUAAGAUGAAGCACGAUCGGACGGGUAAAAUAUCGCCAGGUGCCGUAUCGCUGGGCGGCAGUGGUGGUGGAAAGCAAUCAGCUGCUUAUCCACCGACCAUUCCCGGAUCAUCGUCAUCUAGUCAUCCUGCGGAGCAUGCGAAUAGCGGCAGCACUUCGAAGGGUAGUGGUGGAAAAGAUCAGUUUUCAUUAAACCUGAACCAACCUAAUCUAGAUAGACAUAACAAGGAAAUGCACAGGCAACACGAGCAACAGCAAACGUUGGAGAAAAAGUCGUCGGGAUCGACACACACCGUCGCAUCGAACAAUUCGUCAACGCACAACGCGAAACAUGACAAGAGAUCGCGAAAUUACAACAAUCAAAACACUGCUAGUGGAACCGGGUUCGACUUUGAUUACGACAACGGAAACACCUCUCCUUUGUACUGCAACUGGGAUAAGAAGAUGCAGGAACAUCUGCUUCCACUGCAGAAUUACAUUAUGGAGCAAGCAAAACUGUCAGGUUCUUACGGUCUCGGUGAUCACGAUUCAGACUCACUUCACUCGGAUAGUCAGUCGGAGCAUUCGUUUUCUGGACACGAGCCAGAUAACGAGGACUCCGAUCAUUCGGAUGGGCAUGGAGAUUAUUUGGCACACUAUCCUUACGAAGAAUAUGGCGCUCGACAUGCUCAGGAUAGUGGCGUUUCGUACUACAAUUUUGAUUUCAAUUUUGGUGAUCGCGAUGAAAAGGAAGACAUAUCCGAGGAGGUUACCGCAAAGUUGGAAAGCAUGCCCGAUCAAAUAUACAGCCCCGUGAAGAACCAUCCCCCGUUGCACAAAUUUCCAACGCCAGUCAUUCCGGGGUCUCGACAUGGUCUUGGCAAUUCCGGAAUGCUUUCCGAUACUGUUGAUCGUGGUACUUCUGGCAUCCCGAUUGGUAGUGGAAAUGGCACGUUUGGCUCAAAGACGUCUUACCUGCAACAGAUGGCUGCCGCCGCUGGGCAGCAUCAACAACAACAACUUAGUGGAAUAAUGCAGCAGCAAAAUCAACCUCAACAAAAAAUCAACAAGGCUACGUUGUUGCAGCGGUUUCAAGAAAAUCUAACACUUGGAGCACCCGCACCGGGUGUUGGGAGUAACGGUAAAAUAGCUGAAAUGGCUUUACUGAAGGAAUGCGAUAUUGAAAAGUUUGCGCAGGACAACCUGAAUCUCCAUUCCAAAGGCAUUUUCCGUAAGAAAUCUUCCGUGAGGGACAUGUUGAGUUGGACGUCAAAUGCCAUCAGUCGUCCGAUGCUUUCGCUGGCACGUGACAAAGCAGGCAAAAAGAUGGCUACCGAUCUUUUUAAACUAGUUCAAAUAUACAUGGGAGACAGGAAGGCACGAAUUGGCAUGAGUUUGAACUCGGUAGCAAUCGAUAUCGUGACGAUGGCGAUGGGACAGGCACAGUUGAGAGAUGAACUUUACAUUCAAAUGUGCCGUCAAACGACAGAAAAUCAAAGUCGUGAUUCGCUGAUACGUGGUUGGGAACUGAUGGCAAUCUGUCUGUCGUUUGUACCCCCGUCACCCACAUUCCAACCGGCCUUGUUGGGCUACAUCAAUCGCCAUCGAGAUCCUUCGUUCGCAACCAGUUUUCCCGAGGUUGGCAAAUGGCCGAUCCAUGUCCAGAUUUCACACUACGCUACUAUAGCGUGCCGUCGCUUAGAUAGAAUCGGUAGCUCCGGCCGAAAACAAGCCAAACGACCGACGGAAGACGAAAUCAAUCAAGCACGGGAGCAAAUAUUCCGCGACAGCAUGUUUGGCAACACUCUCAACGAAGUGAUGGAGCUGCAGAAGGAACGGUUUCCGGAACGACAAUUGCCUUGGAUACAAACGACGCUUUCCGAGCAAGUGCUGCUUUUAAACGGAAAGCAAACAGAAGGCAUUUUCCGAGUGCCAGCUGAUGUAGAUGAAGUAAAUAUGUUGAAAAAUCUAAUUGAUCGUUGGGAAUUUCCCGAAAACAAGGGAACUAUGGAUGCACAUGCACCUGCUAGUUUACUGAAAUUAUGGUAUCGUGAAUUGUACGAUCCACUGAUUCCGGAUGAACUGUAUGAGCAGUGUGUCCAAACAGAAGACCCUGUCGAGGCAGCCGCCAUCGUUGAGAAGUUACCUAAAAUCAACAGAUUGGUUCUAACGUAUCUGAUACACUUCCUGCAGCAAUUUUCGUUGCCCGACAUUGUUGUUAACACAAAAAUGGAUUCUUCCAAUUUGGCUAUGGUGUUUGCUCCUAAUUUGCUCCGUUGUCAAUCCCAGGAUCCAAAGGUUAUUCUUGAGAAUGCUCGUAAAGAGAUGACGUUCAUGAGAACUCUCAUACAACAUAUGGACACAUCCAGUGUAACGAACUUGGUUUGA